UCUUUCUUUGCCAAACAAAGUUGUUCUAAGAAAAACAAAAACCUUUUUAAUUUCUCCGAGUCUUCAGUAAUGGACUCUUCAUUUUCAUCUCUUCUUAUUCCUCAACAAAGUGCAUCAUCCAUCAAUGGUGAUACUCGUCGAUCAGCCAACUUUCCUCCAAAUAUAUGGGGAGAUUAUUUUCUUUUUAACACUUUUCAUUCCAUGGAAAUGGAAGAUAAUAUUGAGGAAAAAGUUGAAGCAGUGAAGGAGGAAGUGAGAAAAUUGUUGAUUACUUGUGUCGAGAAACCUUCCCAACAACUAAGCUUGAUUGAUUCAAUCCAACGGUUGGGAAUCGCUUAUCAUUUUGAUACAGAGAUCAAUGAAGCGCUCGAUCAUGUUUAUAAGAAUUACAGUGUCGUUUGCAAUGAAAACAAUGAGGAUCUCCAAAUUGUUGCUAUGAAGUUUCGCUUGCUUAGACAACAAAGAUACUCUAUUUCAUGUGAUAUCUUCGACAAGUUUACGGACGAUGAAGGGAAUUUCAAGGAAUCACUUGCCAAGGAUGUUCGAGGAAUGUUAAGCUUAUACGAAGCAUCUCAUGUGCGGAUACAUGGAGAGGACGUUCUCGAACGGGCCCUCUCUUUCAGCACCACAAACCUAAAAGCAGCCAUUAGCAAUGGAAGCCAUGAAGGGAGCUGUGGGAUUGGAGGUCAAGUGAGGCAUGCAUUGAAGUGGCCAGUCUUCAAAGCCAUGCCUAGGCUUGCAGCAAGAAGUUACAUAUCUUUCUAUGAACAAGAUCCAUUGCAUCAUCCUACCUUGCUUUACUUGGCCAAGCUUGAUUAUAACAUCUUGCAAAAACUUUACCAGAAAGAACUUCAUGAAAUCUCAAGGUGGGACGAUGUUAAUUGCAUUGAGGGACUUCCAAAAUACAUGAAAGUGUAUUAUGAAGCUCUAAUGGAUACUUACAGAGGAAUUGAGCACGAUAUUAGCAAAGAUGACAUUUCUUAUGCCCUUCAUUACGCAAAAGAAGCCAUGAAAAGGCAGGCUAGAAAUUACUUUUUUGAAGCUAAAUGGUAUCAUGAUGGCUAUACACCAACAAUAGAGGAGUAUUUGAGAGUUGGAAGAGUAACUGCUUGCUACAAUUUAUUUUCUCCCAUUUCAUUUCUUGGCAUGGGAGAUGUUGCUUCAAUGGAGGCGUUUGAAUGGAUUGAGAGUGAUCCGAAAUCGCUCAUUGCCUCGGGAGUCAUUGGUAGGAUCAUGAAUGAUAUUACUUCCUACAAGUUUGAACAAGACAGGAGACAUUCCGCUUCUGCCGUUGAAUGCUAUAUGAAACAAUAUGAUGUAUCAGAAAAAGAGGCUACACGAGAACUGAAUAAUCAAGUUACGAAUAGUUGGAAGGAAAUCAUAGAAGAUUUCGUGCAAUCAAUUGAUGUUCCAAACACUACUUUUUUUAUGUCUGUCUUAAAUCUUGCUCGACUCUCGGAUACCUUUUACAAACACAAAGAUGGAUACACAUAUUCCGAUGGAGAAACCAAACUUAUUGUCAUUUCGUUACUCGUGGAUCCAGUGCCAAUUUAAGAUGUGGUAUUGAGCUCGAUGAUCAGUUUCCAUGCAUAAAAUUGUAUUUUACAAGUUGUACUAGAACAAAUAUGUGAUAAAUGAUAAGAAUAUGAACAAUGCACUAAAUAAAAUAUUGUGCUCAAAGAUUUGUAGCAAGUAUAAUUUUUUUGGUGGGUAAAGUUAGAGGGCUUUUAUCGUCCUCCGGAGAAUGAUGCAGCAACUACAGUGUUAGACCUUGUAGUAUCACCUACUAUGAGGUAUUAGGAUCAAGCCAUGUAUUGGUUUCUUUGUUGGCAACGAAGCCCAAUUAUAUAAAUCUACUCCAUAAGCCACA